UCAAUUUGCAGCAUUCUCCGCUAACGAAACAAUUAAUUUUGUGUACAUAAAGAAGCUUUUUGUUCAUUUAAGCAGACAACUUUGCUUCGGUGUUUUCGCAUGCGCUAGGUAAUUUUUCGGCUUUGMUCUUGAACCACCAUCAUUGUGAUCAGCCACCGGAGAGCGCGUUGAACGGGCAUACUCUUGAAAAGGUUCCAUUGUAAAGCUUGGCAUUGAUGUCGUAAAAAAAUCUCUUUCGAUAUGUGGAAGGUUCUAUUGGUUUGUAUUGUCGCAGUUUUCGUAAUGAACGCAGACGGAGCACGCAAUCGCAAGCGAUAUGCAGGAAGUAGCGCUGGCAGCUAUGCUGGAGCAGGCGGUAGCGUCGGAGGCUAUGGCGGUGGUUAUGAUGACUACGAUUACGGAUAUGCACCCGAUUUUGGUUUCAUAGAUCCAUAUCUUUUCCACCAACAGUUGACUGCCCAAAUUCUAGCCAACCAUGCCGCACAACAUCACGCUAUUGCUUCGGUUUAUUCUUCUGGCCAAGCUAUGGCCACUGCUGAUGCAUCUCUUUUGCCUGACGACAAACGUAUUCAGCAACAAAUUGCUCAACAACAGGCGUACUUCCAAAAUGCUAACCGUCCCAGCUACUAUGGUGGUGGCAACAGGUACGGUGCAUCCAAUCGCUACGCACCCAAUCAUGCUAUCGCUGCAGCAUCCAUAGGACCUGGUGGAUCUUAUCACACUGCCAAUAUCAGUCCAGAAAAUCCGGAUGUCCCGAAUAUAACCAAUCGCUUUGGUGGAUCAUCAUCUCCGGGCGGCUACAAAGGUGUUUCAGUUAGCUCCUUUUCGAGUAGCUCCGAUAUAAAUGGUCAGAAGACAAGUCAGCGGGGCGCGCAGACUACAAUCAAUGACAAUGGCAAAAUCACCACAUAUAGAGUGCAAUCUUAAAUUCURCGAGAUGCUUAUAUAACAAUUUUUAUACUAAAUAUAAAGCAAUACACUAUAAGUAUUUAUUAUUAAUUGCGUGGCUUUGUAAAGAAAUAUUCGCGAUUGUAUAUUUUUGGGGUACCUUGGCUUCAAAUCAUUAGGGGUAUUCAGACCAGCUUUGUUAAUUCGUUAGUCCUUAGUUUUUUACGUGGGUUUUGUUUUUGUAAAAUUAACAGAUUUUCGUUUUACCGAGUAACGAAGUACCAGACUAUCAAGAAUGAUAGUUUUUUCGUUACUUGGUAACAUCACUCAGCUGUUUUGUUUGCGUUGUUGCCUUAAAAGUUAACUUAACUCAUUGCAAAAAAAUACAUUUGCUGUCUACAACAUAUUAGUUUCUGACAAAUUUUCAAAAGUAGAUAUUUAAUAUAAUUGAAUCAGCUGUUUUGAAACAAAAUUUACACCCACUACUGAUGUACAGCAAAAAGGAUGUUCACAGUUAAGUGUUUUAACGAAGUAUCAACUAACGAACUACCAGAUUAACAAGUUCGGUCUGAAUACCCCUAAUAUUUAUGUCAGGCAGUCUUGAAAUACAUAAGAAAACAUACUUUGUGAGAGAAAA